CGAUCAUGUUUAUCGUCUAUAUAUUUCUUGUUCUCUCCUCAGCCAUUAUAGAUUCAAAUGGGUUUGCAAUGGCCCAAAAGUUAGAUGCACUUGGUGGGAAGGGAGGCAAGCAGUGGGACGAUGGAGCAGACCAUGACAAUGUAGCAAAAGUUUACAUACGAGGUGGUCUUGAAGGCAUACAAUACAUCAGAUUUGAUUAUGUCAAAGAUGGACAAACUAUAAAUGGAUCUAUCCAUGGUGUUUCGAGUAGCGGUUUCACAGAGACGUUUGAGAUUGAUUAUCUAAACAGUGAAUAUAUAGUAUCCGUUGAUGGCUACUAUGACAAAUCCGGUGUGAUGCAAGCACUUGAAUUCAAAACCAACAUUAAGACUUCUGAAGUGAUUGGAUAUCCAAAGGGUACUACAAAGUUUUCACUCGGUGGAGUCAGUGGCAAGAUGAUGAUUGGCUUCCAUGGAUCCGCUGCGAAAGCUCUAAACUCCAUUGGAGCAUAUUUAGCAACAGCUCCUCCUACUAAGUCAAAACUCGUAGGUGGUCUAACGGGAGGCGAACCUUGGGAUGAUGGUCCUAAUUAUGAUGGCGUGAGAAAGGUAUCCGUGACUUACAUUAGCACUCUUAUAAGGAGUAUCAAUGUCGAUUACGAAAAGGACGGCCAAGUUGUAACAUGUUACCAUGGGAUGAAGAAUGGAGAUACAGAGGAGUUUGUGAUAGACUAUCCAAAUGAAUAUUUGAUAUCAGUGGAGGGUACCUACAACAUACUCCCCGAUGAUAACGUUUUGGUCAUUAGGUCGUUGGUUUUCAAAACAUCAAAAGGGAAGGUCUCUCCCACGUAUGGGUUUGUGUCAGGUACCAAAUUUGUGUUUGAGAGCCAAGGUAAUGCUAUUGUUGGAUUCCAUGGACGGGAUGGUGGUGCUUUUGACGCUAUGGGAGUUUAUUUCUCUCCGAUUCCUUCCUCGUAAUUCGACAAUUUUAUAAAGGUUAUAUAUAAACCCAUGUAGGAUUCCGUCGAUGGGAAUAUAGUUACGAACUCCACUCGUGUUUCAGUAUCAUGCAUGUUGCUAUUUAUGGUUGUUGUAUCUUGAAUAAUGCUUUACUAUAGCUACGUACGUACUCCCAUGUUUCUUAAAUUAGUAAUUUAUUCCGAGUUUACUAUCGUUUGUAAUAAAACAAGGUUUAAUUAUUAAACAUCUCUAUUUCAAUA